CAGUAGCACAAUUAUCUCUCGUUUCAAUUUUGAAUUUCUUUCCCUUCAUAUCAGUUCUUCAUAGAUUCUCAACAUUUUCGGUCGAUUCAGCCAUGGAUAAUCCUAUAGUGCAAGAGAUAUUGGAAAAGCAAGUGCUGACGGUGGUGAAGGCGGUGGAGGACAAGAUAGACGACGAGAUCGCGGCGUUGGAUAAGCUAGAUGUGGACGAUCUGGAAGCGUUGAGGGAGCGGCGGCUGCACCAGAUGAAGAAAAUGGCGGAGAAGAGGAGCCGCUGGAUCGCCCUCGGCCACGGCGAGUACUCCGAGAUCCCCAACGAGAAGGAGUUCUUCUCCGUUGUCAAGGCUAGCGACCGUGUUGUCUGUCAUUUUUACCGCGAAAAUUGGCCUUGCAAGGUCGUGGACAAGCAUUUGGCUAUACUAGCUAAGCAGCAUAUCGAGACACGAUUUGUGAAAAUCAACGCUGAGAAAAGUCCUUACUUGUGCGAAAAGCUCCGAAUCAUUGUUCUUCCAACCCUUGCUCUCGUCAAGAACGCCAAAGUGGAGGAUUAUGUGGUCGGUUUCGAUGAGCUCGGCGGGAAAGAUGAUUUCAGCACAGAGGAACUCGAAGAGAGAAUAGCUAAAGCACAAGUUAUUAUACACGAAGGUGAAAGCUCGAUGAAUCCCACCAAAUCCAAAGCUCCAACUAGGAAUGUUCGGAAAAGCGCAACAACUUACGCGUCAGACUCCGAGUAGUUGUAGUCGAGUAAUUUCGAUGGCAUUUUGCUUCUAGUGUUAUAUUUUGUAAUACUUUUGAAAUUUGUUUUCACUAAAUUUGCAGAGCUGUCUAUAUAUCAAUGUUGUAUUGAAGACAUAAGACAUAUUUCACUCUAGGGGUGUGCGCUGGUCGUAAACCCGCCGGUUCUAGCAAAACCCGCCCUCGUCCCGUCAACCAACAGUUCUUGAUUUUAAGGAAUCAAAUGGGUUUUCGACGGGUUUAGGAUAGACGGGUCUAUUGUGGGUUUAAAGUAGAACCCAACCUUCACAGGUCCUGUCGUAAUUUAAAAAAGUUAUUUUUUUAAUAAU